CCUGCCCCCCCGGCGUUCCCCGCCCUCACGCCGGGAUUCCCGGGGAUUUUCCCACCGUCUCUGUACCCCCGGCCCCCCUUGUUACCACCCACGCAACUACUCAAAAGUCCCCUCAACCACGCUCCAGACGCGAAGCUCCCGAGCCCCCUCGGGAACCCGGCGCUUCCUCUGAUCUCCGCGGUGAGCAACAGCAACCGCGCUUCGGGAGAGGAGAAGUGCGAGAGCAGCCUGGAAAACUCCUACCUGGAGAAGCUAAAAGCCCGGAACAGCGACAUGUCCGACGGCAGCGACUUUGAGGAUGUCAACACAACCACCGGCACGGACCUGGACACCACUACUGGCACCGGCUCCGAUCUGGACAGCGAUGCGGAGAGCGACAGGGACAAAGCGAAAGACAAGAGCAAACAGAUGGAGAGCAAGCCAGACUUUGUCAGCAGCUCCGUGUCUGUGAGUUCCACCAACAGCACGAGUGAGAUCCCUCUCUUCUAUUCUCAGCAUUCCUUCUUUCCUCCCCCCGAAGAGCACCUGCUCCCCACCACGGGAGCAGCCAAUGACUCUAUUAAAGCUAUUGCCUCCAUCGCGGAGAAAUAUUUUGGGCCUGGCUUUAUGGGGAUGCAGGAGAAAAAGAUGGGUUCGCUCCCGUAUCAUUCCAUGUUCCCCUUUCAGUUCCUCCCCAACUUCCCCCACUCACUCUACCCUUUCACGGAGCGCACCCUCAACCACAACUUGCUGGUCAAGGCAGAACCAAAGUCACCCAGGGACCUCCACAAAGUGGGCAGCACCAGCUCAGAGUCGCCUUUUGAUCUCACCACGAAGCCAAAAGAGAUUAAGCCAAUCUUGCCGCCGCCGAAGGUCCUGCCAGCCCCGGCCUCGGGGGAGGAGCAGCCGCUGGACCUGAGCAUCGGCAACCGCAUCCGAGCCAGCCAGAACGGAGGAAGAGAGCCACGGAAAAACCACAUUUAUGGGGAGAGGAAGCUAAUGGCAAGUGAAGUCUUACCCAAGAUUUCCCAGUCUCAGCUGCCUCAGCAGCCAUCCCUGCAUUACGCUAAGCCAUCGCCCUUUUUCAUGGACCCCAUAUACAGGGUGGAGAAGCGGAAGGUGACAGACCCUGUGGGUGCCCUAAAGGAGAAGUACCUGCGACCCUCCCCGCUGCUUUUUCACCCCCAGAUGUCAGCCAUAGAAACGAUGACAGAGAAACUGGAGAGUUUUGCGGCCAUGAAGGCAGACACGGGCACUUCCCUGCAGCCCCUUCCCCACCACCCCUUCAACUUCCGAUCUCCGCCACCCACGCUCUCCGACCCCAUCCUGCGCAAGGGCAAGGAGCGUUACACCUGCAGGUACUGUGGUAAGAUCUUCCCACGCUCAGCAAACCUGACGAGGCACCUGCGGACACACACCGGGGAGCAGCCCUACAGGUGUAAAUACUGUGACAGGUCAUUCAGCAUUUCCUCCAACCUCCAGCGGCACGUUCGGAACAUCCAUAACAAGGAGAAGCCAUUCAAAUGUCACCUGUGUAACCGAUGCUUUGGGCAGCAGACCAACCUGGACCGGCAUCUUAAGAAACAUGAACACGAGAACGUUCCAGUGAGCCAGCACUCUGGAGUCAUUACCAACCACCUUGGGACCAGUGCCUCUUCCCCAAACUCGGAAUCAGACAACCAUGCACUUUUAGAUGAAAAAGAGGAUUCGUAUUUCUCUGAAAUCAGAAAUUUUAUUGCAAAUAGUGAGAUGAAUCAAGCGUCAACUUUAGCAGAUAAAAGGCCAGAAAUUCAGGACAUAGAUGGCAAUUCCCAGUGUCACGGGUUAGCAAAUGAGAAAACAGAAGAUGUGGAUGAUGAAGACGAAGAACUGGAAGAGGAAGAUGACGACAGCCUGACAGGGAAGUCACAGGAUGAGACGGUCUCACCCACCGCAGAGCCCCGAGGAGCGUUUGAGGAUGAGGAAGAUGAGGAGCCCACAUCUCUCACCAUGAGCUUUGACCACAGCCGAAGGUGUAUUGAGGAGGACGAAGCCGGCUUGUUAGAUUUGGAGCAGAUGCCGAAUUUUGGGAAGGGGCUGGAUCUUCGCAAAGCAGCCGAGGAAGCGUUUGAAGUUAAAGAUGUGUUUAAUUCCACCUUAGACUCUGAGACAAUAAAACAGACUCUGUACAGGCAGGCUAAAAACCAGGCUUAUGCAAUGAUGCUGUCCCUGUCUGAGAACGCUCCCCUCCACGCGUCCUCCCAGAACUCGCUGGGUGCUUGGUUGGACAUGGCAGGAGCAGCUUCAGAGUCGGGGACCUUUAACCCCAUCAACCACCUCUGA